CGCACCUCGAUCUCCCUCCCCCAUACUCGCAUGGAUUCUCCCACCAUCGCCCUCCUCCUCCUCCUCGCAUUCGCCGCCUCGCUUCCGUCCACGGAGGCGGCUGCAUCUGGCCGGCCUUCCGAGAUGGCGGCGAGACGCAUCCCCACCACCCUCGAUGGCCCGUUCCGGCCGGUCACCCGCCGCCUCGACCCUUCCCUCCGCCGCGGCAGCGACGACCUUCCCAUUGAUCAUCCCCGCCUCGCCAGGAAGGUCAGGCCUCCCUUCCCCGAGCAGAUCGCCCUCGCCGCCUCCUACUCGCCCUCCUCCAUCUGGGUAUCCUGGAUCACCGGGGAUGCGCAGAUUGGGACGAAUGUGACUCCGGCGGACCCGUCGACGGUGGCCAGCGAGGUGUGGUACGGGGAGGAGAGCGGGAAGUAUUCGUUCCUGGAGAGAGGGACGGCCACCGUCUACAGCCAGCUGUAUCCCUUCAGGGGCCUCUUGAACUACACCUCCGGCGUCAUCCACCAUGUGAGGCUCCAAGGCCUCAAAACAGCAACAAGGUAUUAUUAUAAAUGUGGUGACAGCUCCUUGAUGGCCUUGAGCAAAGAGCAUAGUUUUGUAACAUUACCCUCAUGUGGCCCAAGAUAUCCUCAUCGAAUAGCAGUUAUUGGAGAUCUCGGUCUGACAAGCAACUCAACAAGUACCAUAGAUCAUUUAUCUAAGAAUGAUCCUUCAAUGAUUUUAAUGGUAGGAGACUUAAGCUAUGCAAAUCAAUACUUGACCACAGGGGGCAAAGGAGCUCCUUGCUUCUCAUGUGCAUUCCCUGAUGCACCCAUUAGAGAAACAUACCAGCCACGCUGGGAUGCAUGGGGGAGGUUUAUGGAACCUGUUAUAUCAAAGAUUCCCAUGAUGGUGAUUGAAGGGAACCAUGAAAUUGAGCCACAAGUUGACGGGUUGACUUUUAAAUCAUACUUGGCACGGUUUGCUGUUCCAUCACAAGAGUGUGGCUCCAAUAGCAACUUCUAUUAUUCAUUCAAUGCUGGUGGAGUCCAUUUUAUAAUGUUGGGUGCUUAUGUUGACUACAACAUGACAGGUGCUCAAUAUGCUUGGCUUAGAACAGACCUGCACCAUGUCAAUCGCCAAGUCACCCCAUGGGUUGUUGCUGCUUGGCAUCCGCCUUGGUAUAAUAGUUACUCCUCUCACUAUCAAGAAUUUGAAUGCAUGAGGCAAGAAAUGGAAGGACUCCUAUACAACCAUGGUGUAGAUAUAGUCUUUUCUGGGCAUGUCCAUGCUUACGAAAGGAUGAAUCGAGUAUUUAACUAUGCAUUGGAUCCAUGCGGCCCAGUUUAUAUAACCGUAGGUGAUGGUGGCAACAUUGAGAAAGUCGAUGUUGAGUUUGCAGAUGAUAACAGAAAGUGCCCUUCAGAAAGCGAUAACAUUCCAGAAUACGGAGGUGUCUGCCACCUGAAUUUUACCUCAGGCCCUGCAAAGGGAAAAUUCUGCUGGGAAACCCAGCCGGAAUGGAGUGCAUUUAGAGAAAGCAGUUUUGGUCAUGGAAUCCUGGAGGUUAUAAAUUCGACUUACGCCUUGUGGACUUGGCAUCGAAAUCAGGAUGCCUACAAGGAAAGCAGAAAAGGAGAUCAAAUAUAUAUAGUGCGACAACCGGAGCUUUGUUUCAUGAAAAGCGCAAAGAUUACUAGUGAAAACUGAUAAGCUCGACAGCCAAUAACAUGCGAGGAAUUAUGAAGUUGACUAUGAUUUCAGUCGAAACCAUGAGACCACUCAGUAUAAUCUUUGCUUGAUCUUUCUAUCUGCAGCAGUAGUUUUGCUACACUCAUGACAGAAUCCAAUCUGUCUAUCAGUGUCUGAACAAUGAUAUAUAUAGCAUGUAGUAUGUUGUAAGAUUCUGUUUUCUUUUCUACCAAAAAGUUCCAGAAUGGAUUGAGAUCUUGAGACU